AUGCUUUGUAUCUCACAAUGGAAGCCCUCUCUCAUCGUGGCUCCCGGGCCCCCGUUUGGCCCUCCUCGUCCUCCCCCUGAGAUCGGCCCCUUGAGCUGGACCUGCCGAGGUGCCAAGACCCAACAUCUGUGUGACUGGGGCGUGGAGACCUCGCAGAAGUUCUCACACUUUAGAGAGUGGAAUAUUUCUCUGUUUGUAGAUUCCUGGAGCGAGAGUGAGCUGACCGCCCCAAACACCGACCGGAGAAUGGGGUCACUCCAACUCUAUCAAGGAGGCAACCGACAUGGACCAGCAACCAAACGCACAGGACAACAGAUGGACAGAUGGAGGAAGGAAGUGGACGGGAAAAGAUGA